AUGACGAACCUUCAAAAUCAAGAAAACACUAGUCGAUUCACUAAUGUUUCUGUUAUUGCGCCCGAAACACAAGGACAACAACAACAACGGGACGAACAUCAGCUGCAGCAAAAACAGCCAGCGGGACUGUUGAAGGGUUUAAAUGGCUUCUCGAAUGUACAACAGCCAAUAUUCAAAGAGGAUCUGCCUCCCACAGUUUCUGCUGAAUUGAGCGACAAUCCGGCGUGGUUCAAUAAUCCGAGGAAAAGAGCUAUCCCAAAUUCAAUAAUUAAGAGAUCAAUUGGCCAGUCAUUGAGCCCCGUACGUUCUGAUACUGCAGAUUCAUCUGUCACGUUUGCUAAUUCCAAUGGGUUCAACAAUGUCACAUUUGGUUCUAAAAAGGACUCACGUAUUCUUAAACACGCUACUCAAAAUGACAGCACCAACAAUGGUAACAGCGAUGGUCACAACCCUGAUUUAAGUACUAUCGUUUUUGAUUCUAAUGAGGCACCACCUAAGGCUUCUCUGGCGGACUGGAAGAAAGAGGAUGGUAUAUUUGCGAGUAAUAAUGACAAUAUUGAAGAUCCUAAUCUAACUGCCAAUAUAUCACUAGAUGGGAAGUUCACAACUGCAUCUCCGUCUUUCAACAAACUUGAAAACGCCUCCGGAAUAUUUAGUUUGUUCGACAAAACCACCAAAGCAUCACCGAGUAAAGCUUCAUAUGAAACUAAAGUCAAGGCUAAAGAAGAAGCUUUGCAAAAUUUGGACGAUAAUGCCGUUAUUAUCUUUGGAUAUCCAGAAUCGAUUGCGAAUUCUAUUAUUCUUCAUUUUGCGAGCUUCGGUGAAAUUUUAGAAGAAUUUAAAAUAAUAAAAGACUUCAAAAAGUUGAAUUUGAAAAAUAAGCCACAUAAUCGAUCAUCCAUCACCCAAAAGUGCCCCAUAUACACAGGUGAUGGUUGGGUAAAAUUGACUUUCGAUUCUCAAGUUUCUAAAUCACGCGCUCUACAAGAAAAUGGGGUUAUCAUGAAUGGUACGUUGAUCGGCUGUGUUUCAUACAGUCCAGCUGCUCUCAAACAAUUAGCCUCUCUAAACAAAUUGGAAAAAAUUAAAAAGGAUAGCGCAGGGCCAGAAAGUAGUUCAGGCCUGAACGAUUUCAGUAACUAUAUAAAAUCAGAAGGGAUUUUUAAGAGAAAUCAAACGACAGCGGCUACUUCCAAAGUCCACAAUUCAGAGUUCAAGGUUUCCAAAAAUUCUAAUUCUUUCAAGAAUCCCCGCAAACUAGAAAUAAAGGAUGGUCGAUCAUUGUUCUUGAGAAAUAGAGGGAAAAUUCACGGUGGCGUCUUGAGCUCCAUCGAGUCCGACUUGAAGAAACGGGAACAAGUGGGCAGAAAUAAAAAAAAUUGGUUGAACAGGCUUAAUAAUUGGUUAUUUGGAUGGAACGAUCUAUAA